ACACACACACACCACUACCAGCAAAGUAUCGGGAUAAUUGAAUUGGAAAAAACACAACCACAGAUCCACAAAUUAAAGGAGGAGAUAGAGAGAUUUGUUGGUUUUGCGUGUCAAUUGAUAAGAACGAACAGCAGCUAGAUGGGGAGGAGUCCGUGUUGUUCUAAAGUUGGAUUGAACAGAGGUGCAUGGACUGCUGCUGAAGACAAGAUUCUCACUGACUACAUUAACCACCAUGGUGAAGGCAAAUGGAGAAACCUCCCCAAAAUUGCAGGUUUGAAGAGAUGUGGGAAGAGUUGUAGGCUUCGGUGGCUGAAUUAUCUAAGGCCAGACAUAAAGAGAGGCAACAUAUCACAUGACGAGGAAGAACUUAUUAUCAGGCUUCACAAGCUGUUGGGGAACAGAUGGUCUCUAAUAGCUGGGAGGCUUCCAGGACGAACAGACAAUGAAAUAAAGAACUACUGGAACACAAAUUUAGGAAAAAGAGUGGAUCAUCAGCCGAAACCGAUUUCCACUCGCCGGCCGUCCAAGAAGAAGGCCAGCACAGGGACUCCUAAGUCAGAGACACAAGACAAGAAUGCAUCAAAUCUAGGCCGGACCAAGGCAGUGAGGUGCUCUAAGCUACUUACAAGUUCACAGCAUCCCAGGGCUGAAUCUAUUGACUCCAGCACAGAGCCUGCACAAUCAGUUGUUCAUAACAGUUCUGAUGUCCCUAACCCGACCGGAGAAGAAGAUAAGCCAACGGAGUUCAUGCCGGAAAUUGAGAUGGGGGAGGAAUCCCUAUGGGAUCUUCUCAACUCAGACUUUUCAGAUUUGGGUGAAUUCAAUCACAGUAACAGUAAUGGUGUCUCACCUUCUUCAGGUGGAGCCAUAAUGUCCCCCAAGGAAUUGCUGGAGGAUUGGACCAUAAGAGAGUGUCUUCAACCUUUUGUAGCUUCCAGUUUUCACCAUUAUUUUUCUUCUGUUCUAGAGUCUGAAGAGGAUUGGCUAGCUAAAUAAUAUUGUGUACCAGAGUCUGUUUUUUCAUUCAGCCCUAAGAGGAUGACAAAAAUGAAAAGAAUCAUAGUCUGUUCAUAUUAAGUGGAUGUUAUGCUUUUUCUGCUCUUUUUUACACAAACACUUGCAAAUCAAGUCUAUUGAAUCAACUAACCUCCUUUACCAGAAAAAAAAACUUGGGACUAGAGAUAGUAACCCCUAAAUUCUUCAAAACUAGUAUGUUUUGUCAUAUUAUUAGGGUCAUGUUGUCACAUUGUUUUGUGGCGGCUUUUUGGAUUUUGGAAAAUAAUUAAUGGUUGUGUUGGUUUACUUGUAAAUUAAGGUCACUUUUAUUGGAUGACUUUAUCUGGAGAAUCUUUAAGAGGAAAUUCACUUUAGUUUUUUGUGAUACUCGUACACCUCAGAUAUGUGUGUCAUACACUGAAUAUGUUUGUCUUAUACUCAGUGAGGUGAGUUAUUUAAAAAUCGUGAAUGAAACAAAGAUGAAUUCCUCCUCGUUCCAAGAUGUUGAUUUGGAUGUGCG